CCGCGCUGCAUGCUGGGAUGUGUCACGGUCUUGUUUACAAGAUGGUAGAAGAGGUUGUUUGUCCCUGACUAAAAAAAACUAACAGCAUUUCCACCUCGUCGCCCCGACAGUCUGUGGUCCGAUUCCCGGCUUUUGUGGACAGCGGCUCGCUGUUGGUGAGUGGGCGCGGCCGGAAAGCGAGGAGUGAGCGGGCAGCAGCUGCCUCAGAGCCGCUGAGAUUCUGCACAGUCACCCACACGAAACCACAGAGUACUGCCCUCUCAUCUGAAGAAGUAACCUGAAUCCAGCCGAAUGAACAGAGCGACUGCUAAGAAGCUAAUAGAGCGGUACUUUCAGCAGUUGACUGAAGGCUGUGGAAACACCAGCUGCACAAAUGAGUUCUGCGCAUCCUUUCAGGGUUUUCAACCCUUGGACAAAAACGCAGCAGCUGCCAAAGCUCUCGACCUCUUUAAGGCUAACGCCAAACUCUGCGAUUAUUAUCCUUCCAUCAAGUUGAGAGCAGACAACGUGGAGAUGGGUAAUAAGAUGAGCACUGAGGAUUUCUCAGAUAUUCACUACCUCACUGAGCACACCGUGUGUAGCAUCCUGACCUCCUGUGAAGAAAAAGGAGAUUAUUCUGCUCUCGUUCGCGUCAUUGGCAGGAUUUUCUCCAACUCUGAUGCCCUCAUGAAGAGUUUCAGAAAGGAUGAAUUUGACACCACCAAAAAUCUUGAUUCUGUGAAACCAGCAGAGCAGCAGAGUGGAGAAGACUCCUCUGCUGCUUCACUGCCUGAUCCAGCUCUAAAUGGCGGCCUGGACUCGUGUGAAGUGGCAGUAGACCUGGACAGCGUUCGGAGAGUGUAUGACAAGCUUCUAUCCAUUGACCAGGUGGAGGCGGCCCUCGUCAAUGCUCUCAUCUUCCUCACUCCAAACGUGGAGCUGGACCUGGAAUACCUGGAUGUGUAUGAAACGAACCCGGACUAUCUGAACAUCUUCCUCAUAGUGAUGGAGAAUAGUAACCUCCACAGUCCAGAGUACCUUGAAGUGGCUUUACCACAGUUCUGCAAAGCGAUGAGCAAGCUACCAGUAACCGCGCUUGCCCGCCUCUCAAAGCUCUGGUCCAAGUACAGCCUCCCACACCUCCGCCGUAUGAUGGAGACCUUCCAGCAGCUCAUAACCUUCACUGUGGUCAGUAAUGAAUAUGACUCAGAUAACCUUGUAAACGACGAUGAAACUGUGGUGGCUGCAACCAAGUGUCUAAAGGUAGUGUUCUACGCGAGCAUCCUUGGAGGGGACGUGGACAUGGAGCACAACGAUGAGGAUGAAGAAGACUCUGAUUCAGAUGAAUUAACUCUGCACGAGCUUUUGGGUGAGGAGCGCCUCUACAAGAAGGGCCCCAGAGUGGACCCUUUAGAGAAGGAGCUUGGUGUACGUACAGUAGAUAGCAUCAGACCCCUCAUCCCAUUUGAGGACUUCAUCAAUGAAUCAUUGAAUGACGUGAUUGAGAUGGACAAGGACUUCACCUUCUUCAAAGUCGAUGCUGAGACAAAGUUUUCUUUUCAGAGCUGUCCUUUCAUCCUCAGUGCCAUCACCAAAAACCAAGGGCUGUAUUAUGACAACAGGAUCAGCAUGUACAGCGAGCGACGCCUCACAGCUUUGUACAGUAUGGUCCAGGGUCAGCAGCCCAACCCCUAUCUCAAGCUGAAGGUUCGCAGAGACCACAUCAUCGACGACGCCCUCGUCAGACUAGAGAUGAUCUCCAUGGAGAACCCGUCUGACCUGAAGAAGCAGCUCUUUGUUGAGUUUGAGGGAGAGCAAGGCGUAGAUGAAGGAGGAGUUUCAAAGGAGUUCUUUCAGUUGGUUUUGGAGGAAAUUUUUAAUCCAGACAUUGGAAUGUUCACCUAUGAUGACAACACAAAGCUGUUCUGGUUCAACUCCUCCUCUCUGGAGAAUGAAGCGCAGUACACACUCAUUGGAAUCGUCCUGGGACUUGCCAUUUAUAACAACUGCAUCCUGGACGUUCAUUUUCCUAUGGUUGUCUACAGGAAGCUGAUGGGAAAGAAAGGGACGUUCUUGGACCUGUCAGACUCACAUCCAGUUCUAUACCAAAGCCUGAAAGAGCUGCUGGAGUACACGGGCAAUGUGGAAGAAGACAUGAUGCUCACUUUUCAGAUAUCGCACACAGAUCUAUUUGGAAAUCCAAUACUGUAUGAUUUGAAGGAGCAGGGAGAUCAGAUUGCUGUUACCAAGGCAAACAGACAGGAGUUUGUAGAUCUGUAUGCCGAUUACAUCCUGAACACCAGCGUGGAAACUCAAUUCAAAGCUUUCAAGAAAGGGUUUCUGAUGGUCACCAGUGAAUCUCCCAUGAAAUAUUUGUUCCGACCAGAAGAAGUGGAGCUGCUGAUCUGUGGAAGCAGAAAACUUGAUUUUGAGGCUCUUGAGAGGACAACUGAUUAUGAUGGAGGUUACACCAAAGACACCCAAGUCAUCAAGGAUUUUUGGGAAACUAUUCACUCCUUCAGCGAUGAGCAGAAAAGACUGUUUCUCCAGUUCACCACCGGCACCGACAGAGCUCCAGUCGGCGGUCUCGGCAAACUGAAGAUGAUCAUUGCCAAGAACGGCUCUGACACAGACAGGUUACCCACGUCCCACACCUGCUUCAAUGCACUGCUGCUUCCCGAGUACUCCUCCAAGGAAAAGCUGAGGGAAAGACUCCUCAAGGCAAUAACUUAUGCCGAAGGGUUUGGAAUGCUGUGAGAGUUCCUCACAAACUGAUGUCAGGCUUUGAUCGCAAGGGGGGAAAAAAAAGAAGCCUUCAGAGAACGAAUGAAAUGCUGACAUAAUCCUGUGCCUAACCAAACUCUAACUAAACCUCCUCUGGUAGCUUCUAAAUAAGCUCAAUAGUCCAAAGAGUUUUAAAUGAAUUUUAAACAUCUCCAAAAAUAUAAUUUUUUUCUCAGAUUAAAUAAAAUACUUUUAUUCUUUUGGUUUUCUCUGAAAUAAUUUAGGGAUUGUGUGACGUGAACAUUUGGAUGCUGUGUGUGCACUGCUUCUGGAAAGGUAAAAAAAAAUGUAUGGCAUUAAUUUAAAAUGGGUUAAAAAAAGAGCAUCCUUAUUAUUUUCAUUGUUCUUGUCAGGCAUUAAUAAAAUACACUUGAUUCGAGAAAACUGAGAGUGCAAUAACUGAACAGCAGUAGAGGUAUCAAUCAGAACUCUAACAGUACUGAUUCUACGCUGGGAUUUAUGGUGCUCUUUGGCUACGAUUGUGUCUCAUGUCCUUUGUGCUGUGCCUUUUGUAUUUGAUUUAAGUACUGUUUGCUUUGACAUGUUUUUUGAUUAGCCUUUCAGGAUUUCUCAGUCACUUAACAACAUGGCGGUUCCCACUUGUACCUUAAAAAAAAAGUUCUUUUGCUUCUGUGUUCUCGUUUUUUGCUAAAAUUCACCGAUAGCACACUUAGUUCAGGCGUGUGCUGCCUCUAUAAGGAAAAAUAUGUUUUAUUUGCUCAAACAUCUCAGGUAAAUAAAGACUGUGCAGUUAAUGUGAAACUCUUAUGUGAAACCACUUUAACAAGAAGCAAAUAAAAGAGAAAAAAAUGAUCA